AUGAAUUCCAGGAAGCAAAAGAGAGCAGCUCUAUAUCAACAACUUCGUUCUGCUACUAAUUCCACUUCUGUGACUACAACAUCAAUAGUUGUGGAUGCUACAAGAUACAUAGAGGAGUUGAAGGAAAAAGUACAAAAACUAAAUCAGGAUAUUGCAACUAUACAAUCUUCACACGAACAAAGCUCGUCAUUACCAAUGCAGGUUACAGUGGAAACCCUAGAAAGGGGUUUCCUAAUUAAUGUAUAUUCAGAAAAGAAUUGCCCUGGUUUGCUUGUCUCCAUACUGGAAGCAUUUGAGAGGCUAGGCCUUGAAGUACUCGAUGCUAGGGUUUCUUGUUCUAAUAAUUUUCGUCUCGAAGCCGUUAGUGAGAAUGAAGGACAAGCUGACAGCAUAGAUGCCCAGGUGGUUAAACAAGCAGUAGUGCAAGCUAUCAGGAAUUGGAGUGAAAGUAGUUAG